GAAUAUUAGAAUUACAUAGGGGCCUUCAAAUUUAGGCUCAGUGGCUCCUCUGUAUAAAACGGUUGAAUGAGAUAAGUCUAAAAAACCCUAACGCAACAGCACUUGAGAGCCCGAAGUUACAGCCGCAGCAACAAUGACUUUCAAGCGCAGAAACGGUGGGCGUAACAAGCACGGACGUGGACACGUCAACUUCGUGAGAUGCUCAAACUGCGGAAAGUGCUGUCCAAAGGAUAAGGCCAUCAAGAGGUUUUUGGUGAGAAACAUCGUGGAGCAAGCCGCUGUCAGAGAUGUGCAAGAGGCCUGUGUCUAUGACGGGUAUGUGCUGCCUAAGUUGUAUGCGAAGAUGCAGUAUUGCGUUUCGUGUGCAAUUCACUCCCGUGUCGUGAGGGUUCGCUCUCGCACUGACCGCAGGAACCGUGAGCCACCAAAGCGAUUCAUCAGACGCAGGGAUGAUAUGCCAAAGCCUGCCCAGGGUCCUCCUGGAGGCGCUCCUCGUGCAGCUGCCGGAGUCGGGAAUCCCCUUCGUCCAUGAAGAGUCUUAUUUUCUUUUGUUUGCUAUUAUGCUUCCCUAGAACUUUUGUGUAGGGAUUUUUAAUAUUUUAUGGUGAUCUCUUAAGACGAUUUUGAUCAUUACUGUUGAGUUUUGCAAGUUUCAUGGCUAUCACAAUUGAUAUUUUGUUUUAA